GAUUGUUCCGAAAACGCGCCAAUUUUCAACGCCGCCCGCGCGCAUCGGUUUCAGCCGAAGGCGGCAGUCGUCAGGCGCGCAGUCGUCGGAGGUCGGUUGGUUUAGUGCUGUGAGGUGUUGUGAAGGUGGCUUGGUGGCUGUUCGGAACGAAAGCAUCGUGUUGUUUGUGUGUGCAUCGCGAAGAUAUUGUGACGAAGCGCGCGUGAGAGCAGCACGAUUCUACGCGGAAGCGAGCGGAAAGUUUUCCCUCCGGUCCGCCGACUCCGCGGGAAUCGUUAGGCCUAGGCGGUGUUUGCCCGCGUCUCGCUGGUUAUGCUUCGUUCGGCGAGUUGAACAUCGAGCGACAUGGUUAAGACGAGAAACAAGUCCUCCGCGGCGGAACCUCCGCCGAGGAUCGCUACACGGAGAUCUACGAAGGCCGAGGUCACCGAAUCGCACAAUUCAGAGGAGUCCGUUGACGAUGAAGACAAAAGGCGAUCGUCUCGAAGGUUGAAGUUCUCCGACGACGAAUCUUCAGCGCGCCUGACGCAGUCGGUAAGGGGACACGUCCACCAAAACCACCUGCUGCCCAACGGCCGGGCACACUCCUCGUUGCGACGCCGUGAACCGCCACCGCCACCCAAUAAUGUGGCCGUCUCAACGGAUGACGACAUGAACGAGGACGAUGACAGCAUGGUGCGACGGAGCACACGCCGUCGCAAGUGUAUCUAUGGCAACCUCAACCAGACAUGGAUACUGACGUCAAGCCUGCCAGACUUCAGCAAGUCUCCUACGAACCAGUCGGGUGCUGGUAACAAGAAGGACCCGACCGCUUUCCACCACUACCUCCGCAGCUCAGCCAGCCACCACCACAACAGCAUGCCUCCUGGCGGCAACGACUCUGAGACCUUAGACGGGGACAAUGAGGACAGCCUCGAGUCAAAGCGGAGCAACGAGAAAGGAGUGAAUGCUGAGCUCCGCCGUCUCGGCCUGUCUGAGAUGCAGCAUUUCUCGGCAGACGACAUGUACUCACGGGUGAAGCGGACGCGCCAGCAACACCAGGCGGCGGCUGCAGCAGCCGAAGAGCAGCCGUUCUUCCGCACAAGGAGCUCCCGUCGUGCGGCUGCGGAGGAGCGGCGCGGGCGCCGGCGAGAGGCAGCCGCGGCAGCGGGAGUGGCCGCCAGCGACUCGGAGCCCCACGGUGGCAGCUCGGGGGUCUCUGGGGACAGCGACGUCGACGAUGAGGAAGAAGAGGUGCCGCUGCCUGUGAUGAAUGGCUACCACCUCCGUCCCAAAAAGCCCGUCACGGAGCGCUUCCAAGUGCCUGUUGCGGAGACAAAGCGGUCCAAGCGGAUAGCCAGCAUCUUCCACACACCAAAGCAUGAUCGGCGGAACCGGUCUUCCUACCAUUCUCCUGCCCACAGGAGUCCCAUGUACAGAAGGAAACGCCACGCCACGCAUAACAGCUCCUCGACGAGCAGUUCGAGUGACGACGAGCGGCGUUUCGAGCGGCGCAAGGCACGCAGCAUGGUCCGCGCCCGAAACCGGUGCCUGCCUUUCAACUUCCAGGAGAAGGACCUGUUUGAGGGCGUGCUCCGCGACCGAGCCAAGAUCGGCUCCAGCCUGGCCGACGUAGACCCCAUGCAUGUCGACAAGGAGGUCAUGUUUGACCGCGUCGGUGGGCUGGACAGUCACAUUCGGCAGCUCAAGGAGAUGAUCCUUUUCCCGCUCAUCUAUCCCGAAGUUUUCGAGCGCUUCAAGAUCACCCCACCACGGGGCGUGCUCUUCUAUGGACCCCCUGGCACUGGCAAGACGCUGGUGGCACGAGCGCUGGCGAACGAGUGUGCUCGAGGCGACUCGCGGGUGGCCUUCUUCAUGCGCAAGGGCGCCGACUGCCUCAGCAAAUGGGUCGGCGAGUCCGAGCGACAGCUGCGCUUGCUCUUCGACCAGGCCUACUCCAUGCGUCCAUCCAUCAUCUUUUUCGAUGAAAUCGAUGGCCUGGCACCCGUGCGGUCGACGCGGCAGGACCAGAUCCACAGCUCCAUCGUCUCGACGCUGCUCGCCCUGAUGGACGGCCUCGACUCUCGGGGCGAGGUGGUCGUCAUUGGGGCCACCAACCGCAUCGACGCCAUAGAUCCCGCGCUGCGACGGCCAGGCCGUUUCGACCGCGAGUUCCACUUUUCACUGCCCUGCCAUAAGGCACGCCUCAGCAUACUCCAGAUCCACACACGGGACUGGCAUCCGGCCCCGAGCCAAGCAUUGCUCUCGGAGCUGGCUGCUCGCUGCACGGGCUACUGCGGGGCUGACCUCAAGGCGCUGUGCUCGGAGGCUGCCCUGGUGGCUCUGAGGCGCAGCUUUCCCCAGAUCUAUGCCACCAAGGAAAAGCUGCAGCUCAACAUAGACACAGUACAGAUCCUGCCGGAGGACUACGACCGAGCCAUGCGCAAGAUCGUGCCGGCCUCCCAACGCUGCGGCGCCUCGCCGGCGCGCCCGCUGAGCACGACCGUGCGGCCCCUGCUGUGCCAGCUGGUGGAGAAGGCCCUGGUGUACCUGCAGAACGCCUUUGCCGCUGGCCUGCACAAGUCGUCCAUUGCGCAGCGACUCACCGGCCAGGACGGCAAUCAGAGUGACGACAGCAGUGUGGUGUCUGAUGAUGAAGCCAUGAACGGAGUCUGCAACUCUGCAGUCGAUCUCGCUGAGGUCGCGGGCACCGAAAGCAUCAUUCCAAGCAUCAGGUCUCGUUUCGCUGCCAGCCGCAGUGCCAGCCACCGGCCCCGCCUUCUCAUCUGUGGCCGCCCUGGCCUCGGCCAGACGACUCACGUGGCGCCUGCCGUGCUCCAUCUGCUGGAGCACCUGCCCCUGCACCGGCUAGAUCUGCCCUCACUCCAUUCUGUCACAGCUCGCGCACCCGAGGAGGCCUGCGCCCAGGUGCUCCAGGAAGCGCAGCGGGUGCUGCCCGGAGUGCUGUACCUCCCGCACGUGUGCCAGUGGUGGGAGACGUUGGGCGACGCGGUCCGAGCCACUUUCCUGACCCUCCUCAGCGACCUGGAGCCCCUGACCCCGGUGCUCUGGCUGGCCACGGCCGACGUGCCUUUCAAUCAGUUGCCUCCACAGGUGCAACAGCUGUUUGGACCGUCGGAAGUGCUCGAGAUGGUGCCCCCUACAGAGGCGGAACGGCGCAGCUUUUUCGCACCGGUAUUCACCAAGGCGGCCACACCACCGCGGCCCAAGCGACCCCCUCCCGAGCAGAUGCCAGCCUUGCCAGCAGCCCCUCCGCCGGAGCCUCGGAAGCUGACCCCCUCCGAACUGGAGCGCCUCCGACAGCAGGAGGAAGCAACGCUUCGAGAGUUGCGCCUUUUCCUGCGGGACAUCUUGACCAAGUUGAUGCGUGACAGGCGGUACAGCAUGUUUGCUAAGCCCGUGGACGCAUUGGAGGUGCCUGACUACCUGGAGGUAAUCAAGCAGCCCAUGGACAUGGAGACCAUGAUGGUCAAGAUAGACCUGCACCAGUACCAGACCGUGGCCCAGUUCCUGCAAGACAUCGAGCUCAUCUGCUCCAAUGCGCUCGAAUACAACCCCGACCGGAACCCCACGGCGACCUCAUCUGCUCAGCAGAUGAAGAACAAGAACAUCCGGCAUAGGGCCUGCGCCCUCCAGGACGCAGCCAACGCGCUCGUGGACACCGAGCUCGACUGGGGUUUCGAGAAGAUCUGCCAGGACAUUGUCCAGGCCCGCAAGGAAAGAGGGGAGGAGCCAGUGCCUUAUGUUCCAAAGAACUACCACGUCGCCCCGCGACCUGCCCCGGUGAACUCCGACGCACCAGUACCUGAUCUGCCUCAAGCCGAGGCGUCCAAUGAAGAGGCGGGCCCCAAGAGGUUUAGUCGGAGACUUCGGGGAAUGGUGGUCGUCCCGUCUGACGAAGAGGACGCUGCGGAGAAUGGCACGGCCGACGCAGCUGCGGAAGACAAGACCGAAGUUCCUCCUCCCACACAGACGACUGCUGCUCAGGAUGCUGCAGUCGAGGUUCCAGUCGCGUCGACACCAGAUAGCCAGUCGUCGUCCAGGCCUUCGUCGAAUAGCAAAGGAGGGGAGACGUCCGGCGGCGACCGGCGGGCAUACCCCGUGGUGCGCCGUCGCAAGUCGCUGUGGUUUGGCAGCUACCGUCGCCACGUGACGCGGCACGCCGCUGCUGCUCUGCCCGGCCGCAGAAAGACGCCCGCUGUGAUCGAUAAAGUUGCGCCUAGAACUUCAGCUAAGCGACGGCGGUCGUCUUCUGAUGGAACGGGAAAGAACUGCAACACGCCACAACCAGCUGCCAAGAUUGCGGCGAAGGACAAAUCUCCGUCGACGGAAACCAGGCAGGCAGCCACACCCACGGGGUCAAAGAAAGUUGGUCCUGACGCUGCGGAGUCCAGCAAAUCACCACAAGAAAAGGCGGCACGAGUAGAAGAAAGUGAAGCAGACGAUGUGACAGAAGAUGCAUCCUCUGUUGAAGCAGAGCCCACCACAACGGCACAGGUGCUGCAGUUGAACCGGGGCUGGCUGGAGGAGCUUGAGGACAGGACAGUGAACCAGACAGAAGGUGCGACCGUGGAGCAGCUUGAAAGACUGUACUGCGCAUUGCUCAACGUUGUGCGCCGUCACCGGCGCUCCUGGGACCGUAACGUCAUGCUCCUGGAGAUGGCCCAACAGCUGGAUUCCUUCAGGAGCCUAUUAGGCUGCCAAACACGGACAUAGCAGCGGCUCAAGCAAUCUCACUGCCGCGACGUAUUUAAUGAUAACUGGUGCGAGAGAGAGGGAAGGGACUGCCGUAGCACCAGCCUGUCGCGACGAAGCUGUGGGCAACGCACUACCACUGCAGCACUGCCAAACCAACGGGUCCACCUGCGCCGAUCAUGCAGACAAAUGCAGCAAGAUGCGUGACAAGACAUUCUCGCAGUUCAAGACCACAUCAUUUCUUCUUCUGAACUGAUGCCUUUCUAGUACACUGCCCUGGCCGUUGAGAAUCUUCUUUCUCUCCGGUAUGAUGCAGAUGGACAAUAUUAAAAUAUGCUGCCGUAGUUCUUUUUCUUUCUCCCAA